AUGGCCCCAAAAGUGCUCUUCGUUCUCACAUCGCAGGACAAAAUCCCUGCCACUGGUAAUCCUACCGGUUGGUACUUACCCGAAUUAGCUCAUCCCUACGAGGUUCUCAAGGGAAAGGUUGAUCUCGUCAUUGCCUCUCCAAAAGGAGGACCAGCCCCUCUAGAUCCUGCAUCUGUCACGGCCUUCGCCAGCGAUGCUGUAUCUUCCACUUUUCUCAAGGAAAACGAGAGUAUCUGGCAUAACACUGUGAAGCUCUCCGAUAUCAAAUCCAACGAUUUCGAUGCCAUCUUCUAUGUUGGUGGUCACGGACCCCUAUUUGAUCUAUAUGAAGAUGCAGACUCCCUCCGCCUAAUUAAGGAAUUUGCGGAAGCGCGGAAAGUUGUAUCCGCCGUGUGCCAUGGCCCUGCCGUCUUUCUAAAGGCAACCGCUGGUGGGAAGCCUGUACUUGCGGAAGCACAGGCGACCGGAUUUUCGAACGAGGAGGAGGAUCAGGUCAAAAUGUCCCAAUACCUGCCAUAUGCACUUGAAACCGAGAUGAAUAAAAUAUCAAAUGGUGGAUACGUAAAGGCUGAUUUGCCUUGGGGGGAGAAAGUCGUCGUUGCCAAAGUUGCUGCGACUGGCGCUCCUUUGAUCACUGGACAGAACCCAGCUAGUGCCACCGCGGUGGGGACGGAGAUUCUGAAGAACCUGGGUUUAUGA